UCAUGUCAACAUCCUGUUUUUUCCCCUCAAACCAGCCCCCCAAAUCCACGCUUCUUGCGCGCUGCGUUCAGCGCACGCCGCAAGCGCACCUCGAUGAUGGACCCUGAAGCAGAAGCUCGAGGUGACCCGACGUCAGCUCCGACGUCGACCUCGAAGCUGGAGCUGCCCACGGUGAGUCUGGUGAUUUUGGCCACCUUAGCCUCGGUCUUCGCGCUGUACAAGUUGCAAAGUGUGCUGGUGCCGUUGACUCUGGCCAUUGGUUUUGCACAGCUCUUCCAACCAAUGGUUUGUUGGCUCUCUCGACUGCCAAGCAAUCUCUGGAGGUGUGUCAGGUGGCUUUUGAAAUGCCGCCGUGCGCCGCGCCCUGCCGACGGCGGAGAGAUCUCGCUGGGCGCCGCGCAGGCGGCGAGAUCGGCGGACGGUGCAGCCUUUUUGGGCGCAGAGAGAUCGCCCAGUAUGGUCUCUGCUGGUACAGCUUCAUUGGUUGAGGAGGUCGUAGUGCUGUGGUCUCCAAGCUCAUUGAGGAAUGAGUCAAAGAGACAGGCACUUUGUAGACGACUGCAGCUUUGGGGCCAAGGCUUAUGGGACAUUGUCGCCGUGUUGCUGUGCACUGCCUUCCUAAUUGGCCUGCUGAUCUUAUUCGUGUGGUCCAUGGUGCAGGCCUUUCAACAUUUUGAUUUCACAAAAUACAAGAAUUCCUACAAAAUCACCAGCUUUUUGGCGUGGCUAAAGCGCCAUGGCGUUGACAUCAGCAAAAUGGACUGGUCCAGUAUCUGGAAUACCUUCAGAGGACAACUUUUGGAUACACUGAACGCCAUGAUCGCAUUUUCGGAGGGCAUCAUCCUGACGGCCCUGAUGUUCUUCUUCUGCCUCUAUGCCUUGUUGCCAAGCGCAAAGACCAGGAGAAAAAAACACGGCAUCAAGCACUUGAUGCAGAGAUAUCUGCUCUGGAAAACCGUCUCCAGCGCUGUGAUUGGCGCCGCUGUGGGCUUUUGUUUAGGGAUCAUGAAGGUCGAUCUGGCUUUUGUCUUUGGAAUCUUGACCUUCUUUCUGAACUUCAUUCCGAACGUGGGCGCCGCGAUCGCGGAGUUGUUACCGGUGCCCUUGGUCUUGCUGGCACCGGAUCGGACCGUGAGCGAUGCCUUUCUGGUUUUUCUAAUUCCCUUCAUCAUCCACAAUGUGUUGGGAUGCAUCCUUGAGAACAAACUCAUGCAGCAUGGACUCGACCUCCAUCCGUUGAUUGUGGUCAUCGCUCUCACCUUCUGGAGCUCGGUUUGGGGUGUCGCUGGUGCAAUCCUUUCCGUGCCCUUGACCUCGGUGAUCAGGUUAUGGCUCGAGGAGCUGGAGAAUCCUUAUGCGCAAACCGCGUUUAUGCUGAUCAAUGGUCCUCAAUCAAAGCCGCCCAAGGAGGUAGAGCCUGUGCAGGUUCCAGAUGGCUUCCACACUGCGUGAGUCGGUACGAAGAUCAGCCCACGAAUCGUAUCG